UCAGGGCCAAGUGUUUUGGUCUAGCCAUCGCCAUCUUAUGUUGGUGGCUCGACAAAACAUUGAAUGUUGUAAUAUACUUAGGAGACUGAUCAGAAAGUGACCAGUCAGUGUGACUGAGGAACAAUCCUGUUACCGUUUCGAGCAGAUCGGCAAGGGAAAUGAGCCUGGAAACCUUGUUAGAAGCGGCCGAAUUUUUGGAAUGGCGUAACCAUUCCAGAACACGUGUUGAUUCGGGCCCCCGGGAUCCGCAUGGCUAUUCCGUGUUGUCUAUGAACGAUUCCGAUGGAUCACCUGAAUCGAGCAACUCGGGGAAGCUAUCGGGGAAUGAGGGAGACGGCAAAGACAAGCGCCGUGCGGGCGGAGCUGGAACACGUGAAGUCCAUAAUAAGUUGGAAAAGAACAGGAGAGCUCACUUGAAGGAAUGCUUUGAGUUUCUGAAAAAUCAAAUCCCAACCCUUGAAGACAAGAGGACCUCUAACCUGAGUAUUCUCAGAGGGUCGCUGCGUUACAUACAGGCGCUGCGGAGGAAGGAAAAGGAGUAUGAACUGGAGAUGCAGCGCCUGGCUCGGGAAAAAAUCAGCCUCCAGGAGAGAAUGGCUAUGCUGAAGACUGAACUUGUCAGGAUGAAUAUAGAAGUAGACAUCAACCAAUGGGCGACCAUCCCUGACGAUCAGGACACCAACUCCACCUCUACUGCCACAGAGCAAGGAAGUCCUAUCUGCAGUGAGGAUGAAGAUGACGAUGAAAUAGCUCGUUCUCUCAUAACUGUACACGAGGUAAAGAUUAACAAGACCAUACAUAAGUCAUUGCCUCACCCCAUUGUGAGUCAAGCCUCCAUGACAGUCCUGAAGGUCUCAAAUCCCAACCCUACUCCAACUCGUACCCUUGGCAACAACACCACCAGCAAAGUUCCCAUGACUACCUCAACAGUUUCCAUGCCAGCCAUUCAGACGACUGGCAGUGUAAUCCAGCAGACAUUGGCUGCGGCUGUACGUCCCCCAGUGACCCAGAUACUGGCCCGACAGCUGCUUCAGCGACAACAGAGUGGCACCUCCCAGGGGGCAGUGCACGUGUCAUCAACUGCCACCACAAGUGCCAGUGGUGCUGGCAAGCUCCACCCAAAUCAGAUGAAAUCCAUAACCCAGUUGAGGGCGCCACUGUCACUUGGCUCAUUCGGUGGUCCUGCUAACGCUGCCCAACUGGCUGCCCUCAACAAGCUGGCAGGCACAGCAGCAAUGUCCAUCCCCAUGUCCAACAUCAACUCUGCAACCAACCUCACACCCCUGACAAAAGCCCUGAACCAACCCAUACUAAUGUCGUCCGGCCUACAGCUCACCACACCCAUGGUGACUUCAGUCACGACAGCAUCAUCCCAGAUCUCCUCGGCUACCACGAUAACCACAGCCUCAGCUUCUCUAAUGUCACUGGCAGCUAUGCAGAAUGGCAUGGCAACAUCAGCAGUGUCACAAGCCACACAUUCAAUGGUCAACGCUGCUCCUAUUAACAACAUUCGCCCCACCAUUAUCGGGGCUGGACCACACCACGCAAUUAUGACGGCUCCCCUAGCAGCAUUGAUGCCACAGACAGUUCCAAGGACCACUAUGGGCGGUCUGUCGGGUAUAGGCAACAUGGUUGGCCACACAUCCAUGCAGCAACUCAUAUCGCUGGCUCAGAUGGGUCAGGCCGGCGGAGCGCAUCUUGUGUCACCAAUGGUGAUGUCACCAAACGUUCAGCUGGCAGCUGCGACUCCAGGACUAUCCCAGUCACAGAUCAAUAUGUUAACAUCACAGCAACUGCUACAACAAUUUCCCAUCUUCUCUCCAGGCCUGUUAAAAGGCGGACAGAUGAUUGGCCAGCCAGUUGUUAAGCCUUUUGUAGUUGUCACGGUACCCAGUGUCGUGGCAACCACAUCGGCACCUAGUAUUCCCGUGACAACCACUGGUUCCUAGGGAACUAUGAGUUGUGACGGCUUUGUAUUUAGAGAUGAUAUUUCAGCAAUAUUGUUAGGGCUGUGUCACUACCACUUGUUCCCAUUGAGUUUUGAAUUUGGACUCCUAGGGAGCUAUUGAAUUGUGAAUUCUUCAUGUGAGAGCUAGGAUAUUUUAGCACUAUUGAUGGGCAGUUCUGUGUUACUUAAGUAGAUUGACAGUUUAAAGUGCUAGUAAGAAUCAAACAACGAAAUAGGUUACUUUUAAAGAUGCAAGAAAAACAGAUAUUAUUAAAAUCACAAUCUCCAUUUUUCUUCGCAUGCAUUUUGUAAGUAUAGAUAUUAAUAGUAAUAGAUAAAAAUAGGCCCACCACUAGAGUAUGGGAUUGGUACUUUAUCAGGUGGUCAAUCAUCACUAGGGAUUCCAACUAUUGGUGACAUCAGCGCUAUGUCACUGUCUCGGGCUACAACAUUGACACGUGGCUAUAAAUAGCUACAGUAGAGUAUGGGUAUAAUCAUAAGUUGAGUAAUAUAGAAUAAUUAAAUAGUCUUUACUUCGAACACCAAAUUGUCAUGGGCUACAAGAUAGAUGUUUAAUCCUUUGAAAUAUGCAACAGCGAUUAUAAUCUACGAUCAUACCAACAUUACAUAAACCACAUUAAUUAAGCGGAUUGACCAAAUGUACACGACUCCAAGUUUCAUUACACAUAGUCACACAUCACCUUUGAGGUGAAUCAACAAUUAUCAAACGCAGAAGGUCAGCUCGGUCAAUAUACAUACAUUCACACUAAUACAUAUACUAUGCAUUAAUAGUCUGAAGAUUCUCUCGGACAAGCAUAAAGUGCUAAAGGAUUUUUCUGGCUAUUUUGACAAUCAGAUAUUUAAUUUAGAAGCAGAUAUCAAGGGAUUCAAUGAUUUUCCAAAACCUUUCCUGUAUAGAAACUGAUAGUAGGGAUUCAAAGGGUUUCUAAAAUCUUCCUUCAUAGAAGCAGAUAUCAAGAGAUUCAAUUGGUUUCUAAAAAUCUUCAUAUGAAGUGGCAGAUGUCAAGGCAUUCACUGGAUUUCUAAAACCUUUACGAUAUAGAGGCAGAUACCAAGAGAUCAGUUUGUUUCUGACAUUCUUCUAUGUAAAGGAAAAUUUGUUUGAAUAAUAUAAGAUUGUUGAAGAGAUAUCAAAAUUUUCACAAAAUGUGCUAUUAUACAUGCUUUGGUUGAAUGUGAUAUAAAGAAUCUCAAAGCACUUUACAUGUUAUUAGAAAUGAUACGUAGGAAUUAGAAACUUGUUUGACAUCUGAGGUUUAUUUUCCUUGUAUCUAGUCCUAAUGUACAUUACAAGAGCAAGUGGACUACUGUGCUGGAACAGGGUCUCCAACCUGUGAAAUGUAGAAUUUAAUGAUCCUUUGUUAUUGUGGUAGGACCUACCUCCAAAUAUUGCUGAAAUAUUAGUCUCGUUAACUGUCUGUGAUGACUUUGAUUCCAACAGUAGUGUGAGUAGUUUUAGACAACAUUUACUGGUAGACAUUUUUAAUAUUAAGUGCUUUAUUUAAGUGACACGUGUACAUGUCUGUUGUAUACUCCAUGUUAAUCUUCUGUACAUAUACUCCUAGAGGAAGCUUGGUCCAUUGGGUGUAAGAGAGCUGUUACGUGAUUGGUGAUGUAGAGGAUGAGUAAGGGUACAGAUAGGGGAGGUUGUUUGUGUGUAGUUCUUGUUUUGUAAAGGAUGAGUCUUGAGUGAUGAUGCUACCGAGAGGGGAAGACGAUAGCAUGUGUAAUUGUUAUUUAUCACAUAGCUGUUGAAUCUUGUUAUAGUAAUACAAGCAAUGUUCGGACCAUGAAAU